AUGGAGGGGCAAAGGGGGAGCCCAGGAGUUUGGUCACCUGUUGCUGCUGAACUCGAAGAGCUUGCCGCGGUUGGAGAAGAUGAUCAGGGCAACCUCGGCAUCGCAAAGGACGGAGAGCUCGUAAGCCUUCUUCAUCAGCCCGUUCCGCCUCUUGGCGAACGUCACCUGCCUGUUUAUCUUGUUCUCGAUCCUCUUUAACUCAACCCUCCCUCUCCCCAUGCCUCUCUCUCUCUCCUCUUCUUCUGCACCUGCUACGCUCUCCCGACGCUCUCUUCUGGAUCUCUUUCUUCUUCGAUCCACCUAUCACCCGUCUCCCCUCCUCCUCCCUGACGCUCUCGGCCUCUCUCUCUUUCUCUCUCUUGCCUCCUCCAGUGGGUCUCCCCCUCUUUUUCUUUCCUUUACCGCAGUGCCGAAAAUGGCAAAGGAUCCGACGAUCACAGGGAAAGCUACGAGCGGAUGAACGCGGAUGCAUGCACAGAAGAGGAGAAGGGGAGGGGCGACUUAUGAGGUCUGCGGAUGGAGGGCACUCUUCUUUACUCCCACACUCCACCCUUUUCACUCUCGCUCCUCCUCCCUCCCCCCUUCACUCUCAUGUGUGUUUUUACUGUGAAGGUAAGUCCCCAUCUCUCUCUCUCUCUCUCUCUCUCUCUCUCUCUCUCUCUCUCUCUCUCUCUCUCUCUCCUCUCUCUCUCUCUCUCUCUCUCUCUCUCUCCUCUCUCUCUCUCUCUCCUCUCUCUCCUCUCUCUCCUCUCUCUCCUCUCUCUCCUCUCUCUCCUCUCUCUCUCGCGCCCUCCCUCCCUCCCUCUCCCUCUCCCUCUCCCUCUCUCUCUCUCUCUCUCUCUCUCUCUCUCUCUCUCUCUCUGGUCAUGAAUUCUUACAGAGGUGGUGACGUUGAAGGCGAUGGUUGCACAUUGUGUUUCGCUCCCAUAAACGAAAAUAAGAAUAUUAUAUGCACCAUAUAAAUAACAUUUAUAUUUACACCCUUUGUAGAGUUGAUAGUUGGGAUCUGCGACGAAAUUUUCCGUGUGUUAUGGUUACAUGAAUAAAUAAAAACUUAUGCUGCCUUUUAGGAAAUAUUCCGAGCAGUCAGAUUUAUUACGCGAUCUCUGCCGCGAAGUCCGAGGAGCGAGACCGAGAACCUUAAACGAUCCGACCUUUUUCCUCGACACGUGUCGAUUGAACGUCCCACUUCCACACCCGCCGGAACAUCCUGGCCGUCCAAAUCGCCCGACUUCCACCACACAUCACCGUCAAAAUAUCUCUCUACGGGCUUCAAGGGGCCGGAAAAUUGUCAGGAAACGGGAUUCAGGCCCGCAAAUUAUGAAGCCCGAAGCCCGGCACAACACUCACCCCGCAAUAUGAGAGAGAGAGAGAGAGAUGCAGUUCAAAUUUCUGGCCCAUAUGUACCUUUAAAAGCAUGGGUCAACUUGGUCAACUUGGUCUUUGUCUUCCAAAUGA